GCUAACGUGAACGCGCACGGCGGAAGUGACUGCCUGGUGUUUGCUAGCUGCCAGGUCUAAUCAUGUUGUCUUCACCUCCACAUGCCGCACACCUCUCCUUGGUGUGUUUGCUCCUUCUAGUUGGCUUCGAAGCAUCGCUCUCCGUUUCGGCCAAGCCGACGAGUCUGAAAGAAGUGACUGACGGCAACUGGGAGAAAAUCCUAACGGGAGAAUGGAUGAUUGAAUUCUACGCACCCUGGUGUCCAGCAUGCCAGCAGCUGCAGCCGGUGUGGAAGGAGUUUGCAGACUGGGGGGAGGACAUGGGUGUCAACGUUGCUAAAGUAGAUGUGACAGAACAGCCCGGUCUGAGCGGGCGAUUCAUCAUAACCUCUCUUCCUACUAUUUAUCAUUGUAAAGAUGGCGUUUUUCGCAAGUACCAUGGAGCUCGUACUAAAGAUGACUUCCUCAGCUUUGUUGAUGAACAGAAAUGGACAGCAAUAGAGCCGGUUUCAUCUUGGUUGGGGCCUUCGUCCAUUUUAAUGAAUUCAAUGUCUGCUUUGUUCAAGCUCUCCAUGUUCAUUCGGCGCUGUCAUAACUACAUGACAGAGCAGCUGGGGAUCCCCGUUUGGGGGUCUUAUGUCAUCUUCGGUCUCGUCACCCUGUUAGCAGGCCUCGCUCUCGGUCUCUUACUGGUGUUCAUCGCAGACUUUGUCUUCCCCUCAAGACGGUUUUCUUCUCCUGAUUACUACCAGAAAAAACAGGUAAUGGAGCAGGCCAGGUUCAUCCAGCGUCAAGACGAGGACCAGGAGGCUGACGGGGAGGAAGAUGAUGAUGAUGAUGACGACGACGAGGAAGAGCAUGAUGGAGAAAAGAAUGAUGUCUGGAGAAAGAGGAGGGGUUCUCCUGAGGGCCGCCCUGAACCAAAGGAGCAGGGAUAUGCUGAUGAAGCUCUGAGGAAGAGGAUGGUGGGGAGCCGUGAGGAGGAACAGGACACCUAGAGGGCCUCAUGGCUCCUUUCUCUUGAUCAGAGCACAGUGGAGCUGGAGGAGCCGUGGUCCUGAUGCAGCAGUGUUACAAGAAAUGAGUCAAAACUCUCCCCCUCCCCCUUUUUCUUCCCCUUGACCUCUUUUAACUCCCUGCUUCCUCUCCUCCCCUCCUUUGUUCUUCACAGGAGCGCUUUAGGCUCCUCCCACCGGUGUCUCCACCCGAGCCAAGGCUCCACCUGGAACAUCAGAAACUUUCUUCUCACCUGUGGAAACAGGAUGCUUGGCCGAGGUUUGAUGAGGAAGUGCAGCACAGCAGAAUUUUGUAACGCUGUUAAUGCUAUGCAUCGUUUUGGUUUUUCCUAAAAAAAAGUGUUACAAUUAUAAAUGGGGUUUGAGUUUUAGUACAAAUACUGUAGGUAAUUUUAUUGUGUAUAGAAAGCCUAAAAACAACGUUCUGCUUUCAGCGUUGAAUAAAACCGGGAGGAAUAAGCUUUUCAGAAGGUUUGUUUUACAUACAAAACUUUCAGAUUUUUUUAUUUAUGUUAAGAAAAUUAUCACUAUUACUGUAACGGCGUGUUCACACUUGACAAGAGUAUUUCAGUUCAAAUAAACAAGUAUGAUGUUUAAAUCUGAGUGGUCCUUAACCUGGAGUGCUUUAAAACACAGAUUAAAUAGGAAUGCAGCUUUAACCAAAGACAUUCAAAUAUCGCUCUUUCUGAUAUUAUACCCGUUUCAUUCUUCUAGUCAAAUUCUUAUUUCUCUGCAGCUUCCCUUCAUUUGUUUAUGCAACACUUAACGCUGUUGUUUCUUUUUAAAUUUUACCUCCUUUCAGAGGUUUUUUUUCUACCUUGUAGCAAAUACUUUCAUGUUUCAAUGAUAUAAAAGUGAGAACAUCCAAACAUCGGUUUAGGUUGUAACUGCAUCACACUUAUGUCCUUAUAAAUAACAAAAGUCAGGUGUGGACAUGCCUCUGAGUCAUCUGUAGCUGAUUCAGAAAAGAAUGGUACCUUUUUAAAUAACGCAGAGUCAUGUAAUAUUUUAACGUGCUGGAGCUUGAUGACGUCACAGUUAAGAGAAUAUCAUUAAACAUCCCUCUUGCAUGUCAAAGUCACUGAUCACAUAUUUAGAUUUUCAUCAAACAUUUUAGGACGACGACAGCGGAGAUGAAAUCUCUGCAGAUGGUUGAGGGGCAGGAACCCCUCCCUCUCUGUUCAGAUAACUAUAAAAUAACUCCAAAUGUUUUUUUCUACAGAUACUGUAUGCUCUGGUUUGCAUCCAUCAGGAUUUAUGUAUCUUUUUCUUUCUUUUUGAUGAAUGUUUACUGUGAGAGCUGAAACGCGCUGCAGACCAUCUAAGACAGCAGGCUGGAAUGAAACGAGACUUAAGAACUUAAAAAAAAAUCGGGUAUUUCCUUCUUGUCCUUUUAGCAUAUUUUAGAAGUUUAAAACAUUAAACUUUUUGUAAAUCUA